CCAAUUUUACGCGGGCCCCACAAGGUGUCUACUCUCUCAAAGUAUCAAUCCUUUUCCCUUUUCCCUUGAAUAAAAAUUAAAAUAAAAGAGGCCCCCUGGCGCUCUCUCAGACACAAAAAUCUUCCGAUCACCGGAUAAAUGGUUCCGGUGGCUGGUCGCUGACCUCCAAAAGUUCAAAUAGAAUUAUUUUCUGUUUUGAUCAAAAAGCUAUUAAUGGAUCCUGAUGACGAAAGAGAGAUGGAAAUUGAGACCCCAGAAGAUAGGAAGAAGGGUUUUAAGUAUGUACUGUUACGAUUGAGUUUAGCUCUUCUUUUUCCAAUCUUCGCCUUCUUCUUCUUCUUAUCAUUAUUUAUCGGAUUGGUAGCAAUUUUGUCCACUCACUUAUCCAUUACCACUCCCAUCUCUGUUCCCUCUCAGUGCAGGAUAGUCUCCAGCAGUGUGGAUCUUAGAUCAUCUAAGGUGUGUGGACUUGGAUUGUUGAAUUAUAAAGCCAAGCAUGUCUUUUAUCCAUUUGACAGAAGUAAAUUUCGAUGUCGUUAUGACUAUUAUUGGGCUUCAGUGUUUGAGGUGGAAUAUAAAGAUCAUUCUUUGGGUCAGAAACAACUUGCAUUUGCAGAAGCUCCAAAUGAGGCCCUUCCUCUAAAUUGCAGACCUAAUUUUGGUGCUGCAUGGUUGACCAAAGAUAAAUUUAAGGUAAAUAGAACUUAUGACUGCUGGUACACAUCUGGCAUUUCGAAAGUGACCCUAUAUCCUGAUGGCUUCUUCCCUUGUCAAGCAAAGGAUCCAUCUAGUCUUGAGAUGAUUCGACGUUAUUUUUCCAUGUCUGUCAAGAUUUUAAAGUCUUUCUUCGAUCGGAAGAAGGGAAAACAUAACUAUUGGAGGUGGGAAACAAUAGCUGGCAUUGUUACUGGUUUUUCAACUUCCUUAAUCUCUAUCAGCUGUAUAAGAUUUCUGCAUCAUAUGAAAUUCCGGUUGUCUCAAACUUACAUAGCACAGAUGGUUAUGAAAACCAUUAAAAUGGUUUUCUUCAAGCGUGCUUGUUUUCUUUUGGCAUACUUGUCUAUUGUUGGUUGGUUAUUAAUCCAGUAUGGAAAAAGGCUUGGUAUCCCCGAAAUAUACCGAGCGUAUAAUUACUAAGUCGGCAAUUGACAUCCAUUUUUGCAAGUGCUGAUUCUCUUUCUGUUCAGACUUAAUGAUUUCGGACUUGCGGGAUAUGGCCUCACUGAGCAAGGAUAUAAGUUAGAUGCUUGCUUGAUGUAUUAUAUAUGUAAGGUUUCUGCUUUACUGUGAGUAGAAAUUCAUAGGCUCAAACCUCAAAAACAAAAGUUAUGUAAAUUUAAUUCUCUUGAGAGCUUGUGUUACCCAUGUACUUAUAUGGAGAAAAUAGUCGAAAGUAUAGGGCAUCUUAAUAUGGAAACAACUAUAAUGUACUCCUUAGUGUCCUUUUUUAUUCUAGGUUCAGGAAUUGAUUAAAAGAAAAUAAAGAAAAUAACCAUAUUCUUACUAGUUAUAACCA